AUGGAAGCCGAGAAAACCUUUACUGGAAGCUCUGGUAAGUUGACGGAUGCAUGAGAAACCUCAGCAUUGUGUUGAUGAAAGGUCAGACACUUCAGAUCGCUUGCCAGACGUGGACAAGGCAGAAACUCAGCAUGUCGAAAAGAUUGAUACCAACGAACGAGCUCCAGGGCACGACGGGUACUACGAGAGAGGAGGACUUGAAACAUAUGCCGACGAGAGCGGCAAUCAAGAUGUAGAGCCCAAGAUGUCGUUCAACCGAAUGAUGAGCCUCAUCGCUAUGGCAUUCCGUAAGUGACCCACAUCCUAGAACGCUGCUCAGAAUUGACGACUGCAUCCAGUUUGGACCGGCAGCCAAAUCCCCGUCUACCUCUUCGGCGGCAUACCACCCUACAUCUACGGCGACAUAGGCGGCUCAGAUCGCUGGAUCUGGUUCGUCCUAGCCAAUCUGCUGUCCCUCGCAGCCGUCUGUCCCUUCGUUGGCUCCAUCAGCGACCUCAUCGGCCGGCGCUAUGUUGCCCUGAUCGGCGCCGCCUUCCUCAUCAUCGGCAUGAUCAUCUGUUCCACCGUUCAUUCCAUGAACAGUUUCAUCUCAGGCAUGGUAUUCGCAGGUGUUGGCGCUGGCAUCAACGAAUUGACCGCCCUCGCCGCGACGUCUGAGCUAGCGCCAACGAGUAAACGGGGCAAGUAUGUUGCCGUAUUGGUAAUCACGAUUAUACCGUUUUGUCCGUCGGUGUUGUAUGGACAGUUGAUUUCGUAUUAUGCUUCCUGGAGAUGGAUAGGGUUGAUCUGUGGCCUCUGGGCGUUUGUAGGCUUCUGUUGUGUGCUGUUUUUCUAUUUCCCGCCCGAGAGGGUUAAUAGUCUUGGGCUCUCGAGAAGGCAGGUCUUGAAGCAAAUCGAUUAUCUUGGUGGGUUCCUGAGUAUUGGGGGUAUGUUGUUGUUUAUGAUGGGGAUGCAGUGGGGAGGAUAUCAGUGAGUUGAAUUCCUUUUCCAAAUGACUGUUGAGCAGCGAUUGAUGUGUGACAGAUACAAGUGGUCUUCGGCGCACGUCCUGGUCCCUCUGAUCCUUGGAGCGGUCAUGCUUGCCUGCUUUACUGUCUGGCAAGGAUACGCACCAUACCCAAUGUUUCCCCGCCGUCUGCGUCAAGACCCGAGGAUUCUAGGCUUAACACUCGUCAUCACAUUCAUCAGCGGAGCCAACUUCUUCAGCAUUCUCAUGUUCUGGCCCACACAAGCUUUCAAUGUCUACGGACACGACCCUGUGGGCGUCGGCGUCCGCGGAAUCCCCACCGGGUUCGGAAUUCUAGCAGGUGCUGUCAUCGUUCUCUGGCUCCUCUCCGUGUUCCGCGGACACAACAAGGAACUGAUGAUUGUCUCUUCCGUGCUCAUGACGGCAGGAUGUGGAGCGCUUGCAGUUGGGAAGGUUGAUAAUCUGCAUGUACUCUGGGGACUGCUUGUCUUGGCAGGGCUCGGAAUAGGAGGCAUCGUCGUCCCGGCAUCCAUUAUCAGUGAGUGUGCAUGCACCAGGCCUGAACAGGGCUCCAGUGGGACUGAUCGACAAAUUCCUAGCCACUAUCAUCUGUCCAGAUGAUCUCAUCGCCACCGUCGCAGCUUUGACACUCGCGGUUCGAGUGAUAGGCGGUAGCAUCGGAUACUGUGUCUAUUAGUAAGUCGGAGACAUGUCCCGCUUCCAAGUUGCCAAUCAAUAGGCUGACAUCUUUUGUCUUUAACAGCAACGUCUUCAUUUCUAAAUUCGCUCCCUUUGCUAAGGAAAUCAUUGGCGAAUACAUGCAGCAGCAGCUCAACAUCACCAACUCGUCCGUGAUCGAGGAAGCCAUCUCGUUGACGGGCGCCUCGCUGAUAGAUGGAAUCGCGGAUCUCCCAGGCAUUCAUGGUGUACCGGGCGCAUACGAAGGAGUGUAAGUGUGAUGUCUAGGCAUUUCCAGGAAAAUGUGAGAAACUGACUGUGCUUGCUUUCGCAGGGUGCUCGCAGGUCAGACUGCCUUUUCAGACGCGUAUCGGUAUGUCUAUCUGGUCAGCAUCGCUUUUGGUGGUGUUUCGAUCGUUGCGGCUUUGUUUCUUGGUGACAUAUCGAAGUACAUGGAUGAUCACGUGGCCGUCGUGAUGUAA